AAAUCUUAGCUAAUAACAACCUAACUGAAAGAGAUGCAAACAAGUUUCAACAAAAAGCCAAGGGGAAAAUCAAAUGCAUUGCAAAUAAAUGGUACUCAGUCAUCACUUCAUAAUGGUCAGCUCUUGUGCUCGACUGGAAUUCCAUCCCUUGAUGGGGUAAUAGGAGGCGGCAUCCCUGUUGGAACUGUUUUCUUGCUUGAAGAAGAUCACAAUCAUCAGUACUCUGAUGUGCUCACAAGGUACUUUCUUGCCGAAGCCGUUGUAAGCAGUCAUGAAGUAUUUAUUGUCGGAAAUGAUGAUGAAUCUUCCUUUACAAGUUACUUACCCAAACCUGUGAUGCCUGAUGAAGAUUCACAUACAACAGAGGCAAAUGCAGGAGAUAUGAAAAUUGCAUGGAGGUAUCAGAAUUCUCCACAGGUGCAAACAUCAAUAGGAAAAUACACGAAAUAUGGACACUAUUAUGACAUAAGCAAACAUAUGGAUGAGGAAAUGCUAAACAACACAAAAAUUAAAUAUGUUGACCUUAGGCAUUUGUAUCACAAAGAGUCUGAAAAGCCUCCAGAUCUUUUCAAGGACAGUUUGAAAGAACUACAUAAGUAUAUUGUUGAAAACAACUUCGAUGCUGCGACUGCAUUACAAGCAAAAAAACCUUUAAACAUCUUGAGAGUGGUGAUACAUAGUUUUCUCUCACCAUCUUGGGGAUGUAUAGGAGAGAAUGACAGUGAUGAUCAAAAUUUUAUUCGAUUUUUAGUUUGUCUGCGUGGUAUAUUGAGAAAGUCACUUGCUGUUUGUUGGGUAACAGUUCCAACUCAUAUCCUUUCUUCAAUCAAUGUUAAGUUGUUGCGACACUAUACUGAUAUGGUUGUCAAGUUGGAAGCAUUUGGAAAAGGGAAAACCAAUCCACUGUAUAAGGAUUAUCAUGGUUUGUUGAAGAUUAAAAAACUACCAGUACUAAAUUGUAUUCUGCCAUACAUGCCAGACACAUAUGAUCUUGCGUUUAAACUUCGAAGAAAAAGAUUUGCUGUUGAGAGGCUUCAUUUACCCCCAGAUAUAACAGAAUCGGCGAGUAGACAAGGUGUUGAGGAAGAAACUGGGUUGUCAGUCAUGAAUGUUAGUCACUCCAAUAAAAAAUCUGUGGAUUUCUGAUUACCUCACAAAUUGUCUCUUUCAUUAAGGCUGUUUUAAACAAAGCA